UUACACAUCAUGUACACAGGCAUGGGUCCCAAACAACCUGUUGACCAGGGCAGACUUCAAGAAGGCAUCAAGUUCCUCCACGUGUACCAGCUCUGCCGCAAAACAGGCGAAGGCGGCCCAGAUGCAUCUUCUGAGCCCAUCCGUAUGUCCAACCUGUAUGGCAUCCAGAUCUCUUCACAGCUGGCCAGUAAAGAGAACUCUGGCCUGAAGGCUGGCGGUUCACGUGACCCUGAGGACGGCCGCUCCAGCACUAGGGCCGACCGCACACAUGGUCGUUUAGCUCUCGCUGUAGGGCUGGAGGGCAUUACGUCUGAGCGACAGCCUCAAAGCUUCCGCGCCGCAUCCUCGGUGGCCUCGGGGGACGACUCUGACAUUUCACCUCGGAUCAAACAGGAAAGGGUAGAGGAUGAAGAACAACAGGAAGGCGAAAAAGAGCCUUGCUCUCUCUCCCCAGCCCAGGUGAGUCUGGUUCUGUUCAAAGAUGGCCCUCUAGCGCUUUUAUGCCCCCGCUGCGGUGAACGCUGUCUGUCACCUGAAGGCCUGCAAGAGCACCUAUUUACCCACGCAGCCUGUGCCCUUGAGCCUAGCGGUCUGAUGGAAGGCCCUUCAGAGGACAAAACCGGGGAGCACAAGUCCCUAGAGGAGAGGCGGCCUCAUAAGGAGCGCAUAGACUCUGGUAGUCUGGAGGAGGCCUUACGGCAGAGUCAGGCCCUGCCAGAUGAGCUGGCCGUGGAACUCAGGCGAGGUGGUGGGACCGGAUGGAGCGGCAGCCCAUUGGCAGCCUUCACGCGAAAACGAAAGAUGGCCUGUACCGUCUGCAACCUUCACUUCUCACAGAAGAGCCAGCUGCAGGAGCACAUGUUCGCACAUGUGGGC